GUAUCGUUGCCAAGGAAAUCGUUGUUAUUUUUCUUUUCUAAAAAGAAACUAAUUCAUUAAUUUUUAAACAAAUUUUUAGGAUAUUUAUAAUGAAAAUUUUUAUAUUUCAACUCUUAAAAAAUUUUAGAUUUAUCAAUAUUUUACGUUAAAAUUAUAAAUUGCAACAGUACAAUAGGAUGAACGACGGUCAAUAACUGGCUCACUGCCAGUGUUUCAUCCAUAUUUGGAAAGUAUCUCAUUUUUACAUUACUUUAUCAAAAAUUCAAAAUAAAUUAAUGAAAAUUUGUUUUGCUACAUUAUGAGGUAUAGAUUAUUGAAUAAUUUUUAUUAGUAGACUAAAAUAUGGAGAAUACAUAACUACUAUCUGUUCCAUAACUUGCCAUUGUUUUUAACAUUGACAUAGUGCUACUAUGAUUCCAGGCAUAAUCUGCAAAGCUUUAAUGUUACUAUUUGGAGUUAUGUACCCUGCAUAUGCGUCAUACAAGACUGUUAAAAAUAAGCAUGUAAAAAAUUAUGUCAAAUGGAUGAUGUAUUGGAUAGUUUAUGCUGCAUUUAUGUGUUUAGAAAGUUUAACAGACAUAUUUCUAGAAUUCUGGUUUCCUUUUUAUUAUGAAAUUAAGUUACUAGUGCUAUUGUGGUUAAUAUGUCCAUUUACUAAAGGUUCAACCAUUGUUUACAAAGAAAUUGUACAUCCAACAUUAAUGAAAAAAGAAACUGAUAUAGAUGAAUUUUUAAUUAAAUGUAAGUCACAAACAUACAAUGCUGUUGCACAAACUGCAAAACAGACUUUUCAAAUGACUGCUGCUAUAGUUAUUCAGCAUACUUCAGCUGUUAGUGGACUAUUACCUCAAAUAUUACUUCAACAAGUUGCAAACUCUAUGGAUAUUGACUCCAAUACACCCUCUGUAAAAACAAAAAAACAAAAUAGUCCUGUGAUUGAGUCUACUGACUUUGUGUCCACUAAUGAGUGGUCAAUAUUAAAAGAUCAACAUGUAGAAAAAGUUGAUGAACAACCUGCUGUUAGGCCAAAACGUAGGAAAGCAUUAAAUUUAAAGAAAACUCCUAAUAUUAAUAUUAAUGGAGUUGGAACAAAACGUGUAUCUUUAUAAAAAAAAUAUAUAUUUUUGUAUUGUACAAUCAUUAAAUAAGUUUUAUUUCUAUUAUUUAUUUUAUUUGUACAUUAUUAAAAGACAAAUAAUUUAUAUUGUGCUAUAUUUUACUGCACAUUAAUUAAAUAAAAGCUAUGUAUAGAUGAGAGUAAUAACUAUUUUCCUACCUAGAUGGUGCUAAAAUAUUGUGAUUGUUUAAAGUAACCUAGUUUUAUUUUAUAUUAUAUUGUUAUUCUAAUCUGAUAAGUUGCUUAAAAUAUUAUUUCUUUUUUUCAACAGUGUUACAUUUUAAUUUGUUAUUUUUUUUAAGAUAUUGAGAUAUGAUAUAAAAAGUAUUAAAUUAUUUUUUUUUUUUAAUUAUAUUUUUCUAGUCAUGUUUAUGCACACUGAUAAAAACCAUGACAUAGUAUUGUUAAGAAUGAAUUUUUUUUUUACUAAUAGUAAUAUGUGUAUAUAUAUAUAAUUGUAUUAUCAAAUUAAAAGAGAUUAAUUGAACUU